UGGCCACCUUGCUGCCUUCAAGUUUGUUUUAGUUUCAGUUCGAACGUCGAGCGGCAAGAACGUAGAGCGCGUCACGGUAUCGCUCUUUUUAUACGCUGUACAAACUGGGCAGAAGCCAUUGAAACGCGUGUGAGCGGGAUCCGAACGAAAUAUUUAUAUCUUGGGCAGUCGGUUUCAGUGGGAAACGCCAAAAAGCUAACUCGAAAGCAACGAUAAGCAAAAGCUCUUGGAUCAAAUCAAAAACAAAUCGGAAACGAAUAAUUAAUGAGUUAUAUUGCUAAUUAGAUUCCCUCUUGCAUGCGCGGAAUAAAAAAAAAGAAGACAUUAAAAAAAGGCUUAAAGGCAGUCACGUUAGACAACUUCGCCAAUAUGUUGCUUAAACGCCAAAAAAAGAAUGAUCUCCAACGAAAUCAUACGCCAUGGAGGGAUGUAUAUCCAUGGCAAGUGGUGUUGCUAAGUUUGGCUCUUGUUGGUCACGCCAGUGCCCAAGUUGAUACCACCAUCAGUCAGCAGGAAAGUCAAUCAGUUGUUCUACCGUGUCCCGUUAAUGUCGACAAGUGUGGAAAACUGCACUCACUAAAUUGGUUUAAGGGCGAUGAUCGCAUUGCAGCAAUGCUCCUCGGAGACAGUAAUGUGACAAGCGUUAAUAAAGAAUUUGAAAAAAGAGUAACUGUUGAGCAAAACCCAUACAGAUUAGUUAUCAGAGACUUGAAAAUAGACGACGAAGAUAUAUAUCUAUGUGAUACUACAUUUUUUAUACCAGAAGAAACAUGUGAUAACUUUAAUGGAUAUCGAAUUGAAUUAAGAGUCUUAGUGCCACCCACUGAGGUUGUUAUUUUGGAUGCAAAAGGAGAUCGAAUAGAGAAUGGCAGCGUAUUGGGACCCAUGCAGGAACGUCAGUCACUUAAAGCGACCUGUACUGUGAAGAACACUCGCCCUCAACCAGAAGUGGGCUGGUUCCGCGGAACAAAAAGGCUGACAACUUAUUCACCCACACAUGACCUAAACGGUGGUCUCUAUACGUCGACACUUGAGUUGGACUGGCAAUUGUCCCGCGAAGAUCUUGCCCAAGAUAUCGAAUGUCGUGUAAAAUCUGCAGCAAUACCAAAUACAACCGUAGUACUAUUCAGCUUGGACCUGCAAGUACGCCCAACAAGUAUCGAUAUUAAUGGAGUACAACAUCAUACAGUACAAGGCAGUAAAGUGGUUUUAACAUGUGAUAUCCACGGGGCUCGCCCAGCUGUUAAUCUUACUUGGUAUAAUUCGACUUCCUUAAUCAGUGCUGAUGAAAACGACCAAACGGAAAUUCGGAUUAAAGCGCUCGAAAAAGAUGAUGGGACGUAUCACACUCAGUCAGAACUCAUCUUUAAUGCAACUCGCUUUGAGAAUGACCGCGUUUUUCGUUGCGAAGCUGAAAACGUUGUUUUGCAAAUCAAUCGAGAAAAACCAAUUUCAUCUGCCCUUACAUUAGAAGUUUUGUAUCCCCCCGUUGUUAAAGUAAGUCCAUCUGAUAUCGUCGCCAACACAAGUGAAAUAGUUCUUCUUAAUUGUGAAUAUGUUGCGAAUCCCGCUUCCUUAACCCAAGUCGAUUGGUAUCGAAAUGAUAAUCUCGUAAACGUUAACGACACGGACCAUUAUAAAGGCGGUAAUUCAGAGAACGUAGCCCUAAUUAUUAAAUCUACAGAUAAAGACGACAUUGGCAAUUAUUCUUGUCAGUUGUCAAAUACUAUUGGCAAGGGAAUUUCUGAUCAAAAAAUUUAUCUUGAUGUGCAGUAUGUACCAACUGUCGAGAUUUUAAUGAUACCAGAAGGUCCCGUUAAAGAAAGCGAUGAAUCCAAUGUUACCCUAUUUUGCAACAUAUUGGAUGCAAACCCGCAAGUUCUCACUAAAGUGAGGUGGUACGCUAACUCGACGCUUCUUAAGGAGCUUCCAGACUGUGAAGAAACCAGGGAGGACCUAUGCCAUAUAGACCCGAGUAAACUUUUAUUGGAAAGUAUUGGACGCGGCUUUUUCUACAAUUACUCCUGUGAGGGUUUCAAUUCUGCUGGCUGGGGUCCACGUAGUGAGGACAAAGAACUAAUGGUGCACUAUGAACCGGGGUCUGCUGAACUCACUCAUUUUCCCUUGGUCGCCGUGAAAAAAAAGAGCGUUACGUUCUCGUGCUCCGUGGAAGAUCCCGGAUAUCCAGACUCGAAUAGAUUUCGUUGGCUACGUGGCGGUCGAGGUCCGCUCCAGGACAUUGUGACAAAGGACUGGACGGUGGAACCGGUUGGGUUAGACAGCCGUACCAACUAUUCCUGUUACGCCUACAACGAGGGAGGCAAAGGUGAAAUGGCUACCAUUAACUUGGAGGUACAUGCGCCCCCAUUUUUUAUCAAGAACUUGCCACCUUACACGGGAAUACUACACACAUCGACCAAUGCGACCUUAACAUGUCGCAUUGAAUGUGUCCCGCGUUGUGACAUUUCUUGGCUAAAAGAUGGGGAGACAAUAGAUAAGAAUGACACUCGAUACUUCAUUAAGGAGAAGUACAUGGAGGCAUCACCUGCUACAGGAGAUUUUGAAAGCAUGCUAUCAGUUUUGCACUUCAAUAUGCAAAAUUGGCCUCUGGGCAAGUUUGAUAUCGAGGUCGACAAUGCAAACUACACAUGCGUAUCUUCAGGAAAUACAGUUGGCCCUAGCAUCAGAAGUCGCACAUAUUUUGGCAUAGAAUACGCACCUGAAAAUACGACGGUUUCGGAGAAUACAGUUUAUGUACAAGAAGAUACUAUACCAGGACGUGUAAUAUGCAAGUCCCGUGCUAAUCCAGAGCCUUCAUACAAGUGGAUUUUUAAAAAUGAAACAACAGCCAACGGAAAUGCAUUAAUUAUCAACACGGCCAUGAAACGAAGCGAUGAUGGAACUUAUACUUGCCUCGCAUAUAACAAGCAUGGUAGCAGCAAAGCUCAAACUAUAAUCAUAGUGCAAUUUAAGCCACGGUGCGAAAUCGAGAGACGGCAAAUUGACGAUCAGGACACACUUAUUUGUACUGCUUACGGAAAUCCUAUAGAGGCUGACUUUUCUUGGUCCAUUAAAGCUGAAAAUGAAACAGUUGAAAUAUUAGGCAGCGGUGACAAAAAAAGUUUUUCAGAAAAGAGUUUUUACGUAUUGCAAACUGACUAUGCAAUUUCCAGGACUUACAGAUGUGUGGCGAAUAAUACAGUUGGGUCUGGAUCGUUUUGUGAAAUCGAAGUAGCUGAGCAACUCGCGUGGUGGCAACUCUGGGAAAAGACCACUCUUAUUAUACUAGUGGCUGCUAUAUUGGGAUUGCUGCUGACAGUCAUCAUCAUUUGCUGCAUUAUUAUAUGUAUUUGCCGACGUCGCCGGCGUCAGGAUAAAUACCUCACGGAAGUUUCCCUAAGUGCGCACCAAAGGGUGCUACCUGAUCAGCCAAAACUUACACAAGCAGGUGAGACCCAAUCAAAUCAGGAAAAGUGCGAGAACUUUUUAGCAAAACAAACUUCCAAGUAUUUUAAUGGGCAUGCCCCGAAGUCCCCUCCCCGCUGGCCCAUUCGGCCUGGAGUAAUGCUUCACGUAAGCAGCAAUACAAAGGAAAACCUAACUAUAAAUCGAAGGGCAUUGAACUCGGAUCUAAGCGGCAAUGCUAGGAACAUUAGCCAGCCGUCGAAUCAAAUGGAAAGCCAUGUUAACUCCGAUAGUACCAUUGUGACGGAGCUAUCCGUGACUUCUAAAAAAAAAGCAACGUCAGACUUAUAUAAAGUUGCAACACCCCAAUUGAAAGUUUCGAAGUCACCAGCAAUACAAGUCAAGGGUUCUGAAGCUCAAAUAGGGCCCUCAAACAACUUGCCAGACCCAGUACCAAGUACUACUUCUGGCAGCCAUAAAACGGAUAAUAUUUUGGUGUGGCUUUUUAAAAGAGCUAAAAAACCUUCCCAGGACUGCACUCGAGAAAGUCAGCGAGGUCUUUUAAAAACCUUUUGGCGUGGGGUUAAAACUAACGAAAGUACAUCGGAGUUUGGAACUGAGCAUCGUCUAAAAGGCAUACGUUGCAGCGGAAGUGUGACCUAUAAAAAAACCAAAGAGAGUAUUCGUACGACGGCAAACGCAGAAGCAACUGAAAAAUCCUCUCCAACAAACAAGCCCAUCGAUUGUCAAACAAAAUUCUCUGUCGCGUUUCAAAAGCCUUUAUUAGAAAAGGAGGCAGGCUCGAAAAAUAAUAUUAUUUCUGCUGAAGAGGAAGAUACCAUUCACUUAGAGGCUGACCCCUGUUUCGUGGGGAAACGCUCUUCGAUACCUUGUCAAAAUAUGGAAUAUAUAUCUUCAACACAACCUCCACCGCCUACUUUAUUAUUACGGAGGGACAAUAAUAAAAUAAGCGGAUGCAGUCCAGGCAACUCAUCUUCGGUUAUAUCAGUAAACGACAAGUCAUCUUCACUGGGGGAACCAUUGACGGAACCUGGCGAGUAUGAGAAUCUUCCGUUUCAUGGUCUACAAACGGCACCUAACAAGUUCUCUACUACCCUUACAAAUUUUAAUAACAACACAAAUGGGGUGCCCGUUGCCCCGCGACCCAAGAGACUUUAUGGAAAUGCAACUCAGAAAUCGGCCAACCAGCAGAUAGAUCGUCAGACCUUUCAAGGUUCACAAUCAUACCAGCAGCAACAUAUUUGCGACCAGGAACUCCAGCAGCCUCACAAACCACAGUACAACGCCGCGUACCGGCCACAAACUACUGGUCAACAUCAUCAAAACUUAGCAAGUCCAGAUUCCGGUCGCCAAAUACACCAUGACCUUAGUAGUUGCUUCCCCAAGAGUUACACAGAAUAUUACAAGCAACAUCAGAGACAGCAUGAAAUCGAAAUUGAAUUGCCAGCAGGACCAACUCCGAAGUUAGACAGCAAUGCAUUGACCAGCGCUCAAAUGUUAAAUGCUGUAGAGGCUGAUAGUUUGCCCACCUACGCCGUCAUAGGUCGACCACCUCAUAUUUCACGAUCGACUCUUUUAAACACUAAUCCGUUUUUGACUGCAAAUAACUUCAAGAAAUACGGUACAACGGUUGAAGAGUCACUUCGAAGUAUGCCACGUGUGAAACACAGCAAUGGCGCACUGGAUAUGGAAAAGUUUUAUUCGCUUAAAUUUUCGGGCGGAGACAACCUACCAAAUCAGUCACAUUUUAUUAACUCCUCGAUAAGUUCUACCGCAUCACCAACACUCUUUGCCAAUGAGCUAAACUCCUUAUCUAAAUGCAAGAGACAUAAUUCCAUUGCCGGACAUUGUCACAGCGAUAUUAAACAUAAUGCACAUCAAGUGCGCCUUAAUGAUCCACCUUCUUACAAUUUAAUGGUUGUGGAAGGCAAAGCCGAUCAAAGUUCACAAUUAAACACCGGGGACAGCAGUCUUAAUUUUAAUCAAAAUCCGGCUAUACAGGUGCAUCUUCGCCCAGGAGAAGACAUAAAAAAAAAACAUCAACAUCGUCAUCACAACUUUUACCACCAGCCACAUAUGAAUGAAAGAACUGCUUCUGAAUUUCAAUUAAUAGAGCCUGAGCGCAUCAGCAUCUAUAGAAGCGACUCCGGAAUUUCUAACAGUUCUUACGAGUCCCAGUUUCCAAUAGCUUUGCCUCAGAACCGAUCACUUAAAGAAAAAAAAGAAACUGUUGACACAUUAAACUCUGGCCCAAUACCUAAAAAAAAUAAUCACAAAAAUAACGAGAUACAAAAGAAAAUUUCUGAAAGUGGUGCAGCAUUACUUAUUGAUCAAACAUCACUUACAUCCUGUACGCCGCCUGUUGCUGGUUCUGCUGCUUCACCGCAUUGCAACCGUCAGUGUAAUAACAAUGACAAGACUACUCAAGAAGACUAUGAGCAGUAUCAACUUGGUCACCAAUACACGAAUUCCGUUUCUACAGUUUUAAGCAGCGUUAGCACCUCCAGCAAAUCCAAAUUUACAUCUAUGGUUCCUGGACACAGCUUGAGUGUUUCAUCACCGAACGAGAAAAAUCAAUCGCUGCCUAUUAAUCCAUUUCUAGCUAAAACUGGGAACAAUAUCAGAAUCGUUGCCGACAACAAUAAAGAAAAACUGCUACGACGAUCCACCAGCCUCUCAAUCGAACACCUCCAAAGGCAUGAAUAUGAAAGCCUUACCGACAACUGCGAUGUCUCCAGAGAAUCUCAAGGCUACCGUUCAGAAGACGUUAAGGCUAACAGUGCUGGCUCCAAACCUUUCUCGGGUGAUUCACAAACAUCACCAGCAGAGCAAUCGCAAAUUAUCAACAAUGCCAAAAAAAUUAGGAACAGAGAGCUCAGUGCCAAUCGAGAACAUAAUAAACGAUUGUUAGUUUCACAUGAAUUGCUAGCCAAGACAUCCCGAAUCGGCUCCCUUACUGACAUCGAUAUUUUAACGUCUGUAGUUCCCUCAAACGUUCUGGAUGACUCUACGGCAGAAGGGGCUUACGAUUGCCUAGUAGUACGUCGACCUAUACGCCUUCCAUUGCGUAAACAUCACACGUUCCAUUUUCAAAGCACUCAAACGGCAAAGGGUAAGCUUCAACAGCUGCGUGAGCGACUGCAACUUCAGCGACAUGAACGGGAGAAGUUCAAUCGAGAAAAGUUUUCGACGGCAUUUUGUCCGUUAGAAUUUAGUGAACAGCACGCCUUCAAGCCGAUCUCACCCACACCUAGAAUAACAACAUUUAUGGGGCAAAAGUCAACGGAUCAAAACCAAACUGCCAUUUUAUCUUCGCAAUCUAAAUGGAUGACAGAAGACGAUGAGGACCUCGGAUAUAGUUUCUGUGAAGAAGAAUGUUUGGUCGAUAACGCUAACUAUCCCACCUCGGACAAUCCUAAUACUGCCCUAGGCAAUAGCUCUAGUUCAUCGAAUGCUAUUGAAAUCGCGAAUGCAGAUGCUUUAAGGACUUUUGUGUCGCAAAGCUGUUGUGAAGUACACAUUUAGAUAUGACAAAAAGAAAAUGAGAGGAAACAAGCCUAAGUGACACAAACAAGGUAUUUUAUAUUAAUUAUAUUAAGAAUAAAAAACAUGUAAACAUAUUUCACAAAAAAAAAAAAAAUACAAAAAUUUUAAAAAUUGGUAACAAAAUAAAAUUUUAAUUAAAUUUGAUAAUUUUUAGGGUUUAUAAUAGUUUUGUUGAAACACAGUUUCUUGGCAAACUAACCUGUACAAAAAAUUUGAAAAACUCAACAAUAAAAUGUAAUAAAAAUUGUCAA